UUGACAUGAACAGGAACUGUCUCGCUCAAUAGGUGACGUGGAGCAUGGGCAAGAUCAAUUUAGAAUUCUGUGUCAUUAGUUGUAUUCAGUUUCUAAAGCCAGUUUGUACCAUAUAGAGCGUAUUUUUUCCCCCCCAUUAUUCACGGUUGUACACGAUAGUUAUAAUAGCAACUAGCUAGCUAACGAGCUGGCCAGCUAAGCCAGCUUUAUGGUGUGCUUACAAGAGGGCUGAUCGUGUGCUCCGUUUGUCAGUCCUUGCACGAGUUCCCCUGUCAUCUCAAAGCAUGGCAAGUCCCGAUGAUUUAAAGUUUCAAGAGUUUGAGGAGGCUGCAGAUCUGCUGUCUGCUGACCCUGGGGCUUCCACACUGAGCAUCUCCCACCCCAGUGUUGCCACUGCUUCUGCGUCCACGGGAGACAUCAAAUUGGACCUGUCAGAUGAUGAGGACAACCAGCAGGAGCGUUCUGAGUUGCUGGGAGGUGAAAAGCAAAGCAUUGGCUUCUGGACAUUUGAAUACUAUCAGUCUUUUUUCAACGUGGAUACAGUGCAGGUGUUGGAUAGGAUCAAAGGAUCAGUUAUGCCUAUACCAGGAAGGAACUUCAUCAAGCAUCACAUUCGAAGUAACCCAGAUUUAUAUGGGCCAUUUUGGAUAUGUGUGACACUGGUGUUUUCGGUGGCUAUCAGUGGAAACCUCUCUACGUUUCUGAGUCAGAUGGGUGACCCUCACUACCACUACAGACCACAGUUCCACAGAGUGACCAUUGCAGCACUUGCUGUGUUCCUCUACGCAUGGCUAGUACCACUGGGAGUGUGGGGCUUUAUGACAUGGCGGCGGAGCACCGAGAGACAGACAAGUGCCUACUCCUUUCUAGAGACAGUGUGUCUCUAUGGCUACUCCCUUUUCAUUUAUAUUCCUACCUCGAUAUUAUGGCUCAUUCCCUUUGAAUGGCUCCAGUGGCUCUUGAUUCUGGUCGCUAUGGUGAUCUCUGGCUCAGUGCUGGUCAUCACUUUCUGGCCAGCUGUCCGUGACGACACCAAAACAGCUGCUUUCGUCACCAUGGUGGUCAUAGUGCUGCUCCACGCCCUGCUGGCCAUUGGCUGCAAGCUCUACUUCUUCCAAUCUGCAGUGCAAACCGUGUCACCAGGCUCUCCACUGACUGCUGCUCCCUUAAAUCACACAGCAUUGACUAGAAUAAGCAAACCUCAGUGACAAGCAGCAAAAGAUGCUUUGGGGUUUGAAUAAGGGAAAAUGUAGAUAUAACCGAAUAGCCAUAUUGUACCCUGAUUAGUAUGCUACUGGUUUAGCUGUGCACACACAUUUGAAGAAGGCGGUCACUUCAUCUGCUGUAGACUUGAGUUACCAGUCUGAGUUGAUGAAAUUGCAUGCUGCAGAGUAAAGUAAUUUAUAUAUAUAUAUAUGUUGGGGUGUCAAUGACCUUAGUAUAUCCAAACUGUCAAAUUAACAAACACUGGAAAAUAUUCUAUGCCCUUAAAGAAAUAAAAAGUUUGGCUUUCUCCAGGGCAUUAGCUGGUCUUCUGACAUACUCUGAAAAUUUAUUGGAUGUUUCUAGACAAAUGAGUCCCUUUAUUUUGCACAUGGUUGGCAGAAACCAGUCCUUGUAUUAAUGCCAAUUGCAGUUUCUUAAGGGUGAGGUGGUGUAUGACGUGAGACUUGCUUAGCAAUUUCUAAUCAUUUCCGCCAAACCAGAAAAUGUCACUCUUAGACGAAGUUUUUCUUUUUGCCAUUUCCUCUUUUCUUGAAACUAAGAGAAAGUGCUAAAGCUAUUUAUUUGCGUUUGUUCUGGCCAGGUUUGUUUUGACUGCUCGCUGUUAAGUCAUUUCAGUCAGGCUGUGUGGAUAAUUAGAAAAUUAAUUUUCUUUGCAGAGUUUUUUCACCCAGUAACAUUAAAUAUUGAUAAGGGGGGGAAAUAUUAAAACUUUCUACUGUGUCAUGAAAUGUACAUUAAAACAUGUUGGAGACAGAACAUUUUUUUCCUUCCAUAACCAGAAAGGAAUGAUCUGACCUUGCUUGACUCCAUGUUCGAUUUAGAACUGAAUAAAAAGUGAGUCAUGAACCAA